AUGAUUGAAUUAAACCUAAUUCUAAAAUGUAUUAAUUAAUAAAAUUGUUAAUUUAUUAGUUAUAAUUCAUUAAUUUAAAAAUUAUAAAAAGAUUUAAUAUGCUUCCAACCAGGUGAUAAAACUGAAAACCAAUAUAGUUUAAAAUGGAAAGCCGAAUAAAAUUGUGUUGUUUCAGAAAAGUAUAUUCGUGAUUACAAAUAAUAAUUAUAGUGAUCUUGAUGAUACAUUAGAUGUUCGCAUAAGCACAUUCAUAAACUAAAAAUUAGUUUUUCAUUAUACAGGUGGAAUAUGAAAUGGUUUUGGAUCAACUAAUUGUAAAACAAUUCAUAAAGUUCUAAUAGAGAAUUGAAAGCAUCAAGAAAAUGUUUAUGUAAUGUAUCAUAUUAUUAUUUUAAUACAGAUCAUAUAGAAUGUUAAAGUAAUAUAUUAGAUAUAAUUAAUAGAGUAUCAUAAUUCAUGUGUAACAUAUGGCAAGAAUGCAUGUUAAGAAUAUCCUCCUACUAAAACAACUUUAUAAUCAGGUAAUUUAUUUAAAUGUAUUUUGAUCAAAAACCUUUAAUGAUGGAUUUUAAUUGGAACGCCAAAAAUGUAAUAAAUAUUAUUAAACAUGCAAUGUUCUUUCAUCAAAUUAUCUAACAUGCGAUCCAAAUUAUAAAAACCUCGAUUUAUCAUCUUUUAUUGAUAAUUAGAAUGUGAAAGUAUUUAAAAUAUAAAGUUAAUAGCUUGACACUAUUCUUGAAUAUAGUGUUUUGACAAUUAUGCUGAAAGUUGUGGUGCUUGUUCAGGAAUUUUAAAUUUCAAUAAUGUGUUGGUUCACUUUUCGAUAUUUUUUGGAAAAUAAAGAAGUCUUUUAGAGUUCUCUAGUUUUUGACACCAUCUAGGUGGCAUGA